AUGGCAGGUCAGAAGAAAAUAUCGACAAAAAUUUCCAAGGCGACAAUUUCGGAGUCACGAAAACCUAAGUCAAGAAAGGAGGCCCCUGCUAAAAGGAAGAAUAGUAACUUGGUGGAGAGUAAAGAAACAAAUGAUGAAGGGACAGGCAUAAUGUCAAGUGACUCGGAACCGGUUGCGAAUAAUAACUUUAUGGAGAGUAAGGAAACGAAUGUAGAAAGGGCAGGAAUAAUGUCAAGCAACUCGGAACCGGUUACGGAUUGGAAGAUGGAAUUAGCCACCUUCUUCCGACAAAUGAGGGAUGAAGGGCGUGCAAUAACCGAGGGAAUAUUGAUGAAGAAUAGAGAAGGGGCUGGAGAAGGUGUGAGAAAUCAGAGAGAAUCAGUGGCUGACCAAAUAUUCCGAACGAAAAUGGCUGCGACAGAAGAUGGGGCCGAUAUGCGGACCUUCCUUAGUCUGGCGGAGCAGGAAUUUCGUGAAAUGAAAAUUGCAGAGGAUCAAUGGGGAUUACUGGUGAGGAAAUAUUUAACUGGACGAGCUGUCAAGCAGUGGGAUUAUGUAUAUCGAUCGGGAAUAGACAUGACAGACUGGCCUCUGGUACGUAAAAGACUUUGCGAAAGGUUCCGCGUAUUACCGCGGGAUAGUAUGAUACUUCAGAUGAGAGAUAAUGUAUGGAAGGGAGAUUACAAUGAGUAUAGUAAUGCAUUUUCGGAUAUAGUAAUUAUGGGAGAAGAGUUGCCGGAAGAUGAUUUGUUUAUGUUUUAUCUUGCGGGACUACCUGAGAACAUAGGAGAUAAAUUGACGAAACAUGGAAAGAGGGAAUUUCCGACUUGGCAUGAAGCUGCAACGGCGUUGAGAGAAUAUGUUGUCCCGAUGAAUACUUGGCGAUCGAAGAGGAAACGCACGGUGCGAGAAAUGCAGGGUGUAGAAAGGCCGCAGGCCACGGAAGAUAGCAGCUCCAAGGCGGACGGAGAGAGGAAUACAAACAAAAACGAAGGCACUAACAGUGUAACGAGAAGGCCUACUCCGACUGUCAGGGUAGCUGCAGAGGGGGAACGAGACGUAAUUCGAUGUUUUGAGUGCACUGGAAGGGGCCACAUGGGAAGGGACUGUCCCCUGUGCAAUGGAGUAGUGAGACGGAGAGGAGAAACUUGCUCAAAAUGCGGUGGGAAGGACCAUUACGCUAGAGACUGUGCAACGACACGUCGAAUAUUGGUUGGAAACCAGAGAGUAAAUACGGUUAUGAACUCAGAAUCGAAGGAGGGAGUAAACCGAUCAAACGAGAAGGCCUAG